CCCCAUUGGCCGCCUCCGGCGGGGGCUUUCCGCCAACCUCCUGCCUCUCCCGUAGCGUCACCCGCGAGGGGAUGGCCAACCCAGAGGGAGGGCGGCAGCAAGGGGAGGGCCAGAGCUUCACGGGUGCGGGGAUUGGCCGGCUCUUGCCUGACGCCGUGUAAGUCCCCUGGCCGCCGCUCGGGGGCGCUGCCCGUGGCACCCAUCCUUCCUUCUCUCCCUUCCUGCACCCGCCCUUGCUUCCUCCCUUGCUCCCUCGUUUGCCCGUGACCGGCGGCUGUGCACUGCUCUCGGAGUUCGUUGAGGUCUUUCGCCAUCGUCUACCCUGCCCGGCACUGCGGUCCAUUCGCCGUCUCGCUGCUCCCCAUCCGUAUUCUGGCCAGCUGCAGUCAUGUCCAAGCCGCCACCUAAACCAGCCAAGCCAGGGCAGGUGAAAGUGUUCAGGGCCCUGUAUACAUUUGAACCCAGAACGCCAGAUGAGCUCUACUUUGAGGAAGGAGAUAUCAUUUACAUAUCAGACAUGAGUGACACAAAUUGGUGGAAAGGAACUUGCAAAGGGAGAACUGGACUAAUUCCAAGCAAUUAUGUGGCAGAGCAAGCUGAGUCUAUUGAUAACCCACUGCAUGAAGCUGCCAAGCGUGGUAACCUGAGCUGGUUGAGAGAGUGUUUGGAUAAUCGAGUCGGGGUCAAUGGCUUAGACAAAGCCGGAAACACAGCUCUGUACUGGGCAUGCCAUGGUGGCCACAAAGAUAUAGUGGAUGUUCUGUUUACCCAGGCAAACCUAGAAUUAAACCAACAGAACAAAUUGGGAGACACAGCUUUGCAUGCUGCUGCAUGGAAAGGUUAUGCAGAUAUUGUAGAGAUGCUGCUGGCAAAGGGGGCAAGAAUAGAUCUGAAGAACAAUGAGAAGAAACUGGCUUUGGACAUGGCAACCAAUGCAGCUUGUGCAUCCUUGCUGAAGAAAAAACAGAGUGCAGGUGCAGUCCGAACAUUAAGUAAUGCAGAGGAAUACCUCGAUGAUGAAGACUCCGAUUAGUUUUCUUCAUACACCAUAAAAGAACUAUAACUUACAUUGCCUAUGUCAUUGCUAAAACAUAUAUUUACACCUGUAAAAAUGCCUUACUUAAGAGUAUUGCAGUCUUCCAAUGUAGCAUAUAAAUGAGAGCGUAAAAUAUUGCUUUCCAAAGGAGUAAUCUUUACGUGUGACAGAAGCUGUCAUAUUUUGAAUUAGAGUUCCUUUGGAAUUAGUUCAGAGAGGAAGUGUGACAUACCCACAUCAUUGAAUGGGCAGAGAACCAUCUUUGAAACUCAUAGGUUUCUUCUCAGGCCUUCCCAGCAAGUGCCUUACAUGUAUGGAAUAUGUUCCUCAAACUGAAAGCUUCCUCUUGGACAGCAGAACACCACUGUUAACAUUUCCCCAAAUCUUCCUGGAUAUAGGUUGCUGUAUGCAGAUAAUACUGGUGGAGUAAGCACUGUCUAACAGGCAUGAAUGGAAGUACUGCCAUACAGGGUGACCAUCUUUUGCCUACACGGAGCCAGCAAGACAAAGUUCAAUGUGAUUUUGUUGUUGUCUUUUUUUCGCAUUUUUUUUACCUUCAUUCUUUCUUGUACCCCUCUAAAUAAGAGGUGGAAUGACAUGAGACAAUCUGCCCUCCAUGCUUUGUCUUUUCUAUUGCUAUGGACCCAAUCCCUGAAAUGUAAACUCAGGUGAAAUGUUUGCUUAAGUCAGUUUUUCUUGAGAAAGACACUCAAUUUUGGAUUUAGUGACUUGAUUAUUUUGCUUUUGAAGUGCAUUAUGCUGAAACUAUUAAUAAUUAAAGUAAGAUAGACUGUUUUUCUAUUUAUCUUGCCUAAUUUUCUUUUUUACUUAUUUCUUGCUUUUUUUUUCACAAGUGUUCUGUGUUUUGUCCUGAGUUACCUCAAAGCUUACUUAUAUUUGAAGGAAUGAGGGAAGAUGUACAUCAAGUUAUUGUCAGGUGUGCUGGUAUCUUUAGAAGAAGCAUCUGAAGAUAAAUAACAAUUUUAAAAACUUGCUUCUUAUUCCUGUGAAUUAAAGACAACUAAAAAAUAAAUUGAGCCACUUUCAGGCUUCCCUGCAGAGUUAAAGAAAUACUUCUUCGGAUUGCUCAAAUAGCUGCAGCCAAAUAUUACACUGUUGAGGAAUCCUUCCUUCCUGAGAUGGUAAGAAAAUGUUACAGGUAUUUGAGAUACAAUCUCAUUUUCUAUUUUGUUGCUAACCUCUCUAGUAGCAGUUAAGCUUCAGCCACGACAGAGUUUGUAUCAUGCUUCAGAGAAAUGAGAGGGGGAGAGGGAAAGAAGAAAACAAAAGGGAAAAGACAAAGGCAUUUUUUGUGAAACACUGGGGAUAAAUGUUAAACUCUUGUGAAGAACUGGGGAUAAAUAAAAAGCUUUCGGAAAAGGUUGGGGAUAAGUGAAAUCACACUAGUAUUCUAGAGAUUAACUGAAAUCUAGAGCACCCUAAAAUCCCCCUUUUAAAAAAAUAUUGGAGCACAUUUUUGUAGUUUUAUUAUCCUGGAAAAAACGAGAUACUGGUAAGGCCUGUUACAUGAGCACUCACCAAAGAAGACAUCAUUUCAUGGAUGAGAACUGUUUUAAGUUAGAGGCAUUGCACAAACAGUCAUUGGCAGCUAUAAUUCUAAACAGUUAGAAUGUUAAAACCAUAGAAAAAUCUUUUAGCCCUAUGAAAUACUAGGGUCAACUGAACAGUGCCGUUUUAUUUUGUAUGAACCUGCAGGUCCUAUACUGGAAGAAAAAAAUCCCAAAGCCACCAAGUUUUUUUCUCAAGCUUUUGUUAGAACAGUUCUUGAACAUGGCUCAUAAUAAACAGAGAUUCUUGCUUUGCAUUUUAGCACUCAGCUAAUUUUACUAGCUCAGGCUUUUACCACAAUCAAGCCACAUGUUUAUGCUUCAUGCUUGUUGAUUAAUAUGAUGCAAUUUCACACUGCCAUCAAGCAAGGACCUGUAAUAGGCUAGAGAAGUGAAGAGGUUCUUAUAUCUGUUACAUACAUUUCUUCCCAGCAUACAUGAAGCUCAAAAGCUUAAAAUUCUUCAGUGUCAUGGGAUGUGGAGAAAAUUACUUCCCAAGUCACUGUUUUCCCUUACCAAGCUUUGGCGGUAGAAUUUGUAUUCAUAAGGACCUUUUAAGGUGAUGUCUUCUGCUACCAUGGGUCCGAUAUCAUGCAAGUCAAUUGCAACAUUUGAUUUAAAAAUUUUAUGUUAUCCUCUUGUCUGGGGAAUUAGGUACUGCCACAAGACCUUAUGUUCUUCUGCAGAAAGAUGUAGGUGCUGCAAGGAAGAAUGGUGACAGAGCACAAGCUGGGCCCAAAGAUUGCCUCUGAAGUUCUUAAUGGAGCGUCCUGAAGGAGGCACAUUUACAUUGAAAGGCAGAUAGCUACUGCUGUAAUUUAUUUCUAGGACCCAAAUUACUAUUGUUUGUUGUUUUUUCGGGAUCUUUUCCCUACAGCUUUGUUGUUCUCAUGCAACUGUCUGCUCGCCUUGUAAAAUAGAAAGCACUGUGAAAACUUUGGGGCAAUAAAUUACUUUUUGCCUAA